AGGUCAUAAGCUAGAACAACAGUAGAUAUUGAUUAGUGAACACUGUAGGCACAUUACAAAAUUAUAACAAUGGAAGACACAAGCGAAUCGAGUUGCUCUGCACUCCACACAGCAGAGACGGACAGUGAACAGCAGACGCCAAGUCAGAGCGAGGCGAAUGCGAUGGACACGACCGAGGAGCAGGAGGAGCUGGGCGAGCUGGGGGAGCAGGAGGAGAAGCCGAUGUGCAGUGCCGACAGCCAGAAGAGCAAGAAGCGAUUUACGGUCAAGAAAUGGAAUGCGGUGGCCAUGUGGGCCUGGGAUAUUGCUGUGGACACUUGCGCGAUUUGCCGCAAUUCCAUAAUGGAUCUGUGCAUCGAAUGCCAGGCGGACCCGAAUCAGAAUUCCUUCGAGGAGUGCACCGUGGCCUGGGGCGUCUGCAACCACGCCUACCAUUUCCAUUGCAUCUCACGCUGGCUCAAAUCCCGCUCCGUCUGCCCGCUGGACAACCGCGAGUGGGAGUUCCAGAAGCUGGGCCGCUAGACGACCAACAGGGGCUCGGAGUGUGUAGAGGUAAUCGCGGCGCUCAAGUAAUAAGAAAUCGUUGCGCUGACUCGACGUCCUGAACUUUAUCAUUAUUUUGUGUUAAUUAUGCAUCUUUCGCCGGCUGCCGGUUCAGUUUUUGGGGCGUGGCAUGGCGGCGCAUCUCAAUGCCCAAUUAUCAUUUGUGUGCUCGCAACUUUUGCGGGCACUUAAU